AUGGUGACUACCCCUAUGGGUAAGCCGGUUGUGACGUCGUGGGUAUGCUUAGGAUGUGCAAUCAUGGUACAUGGUAGGGAGUUUGAGGUAGACUUGAUUUGUUUGCCUCUUUCUCAGUUAGAUGUAAUUUUGGGGAUAGAUUGGCUAGCCAUCAACCAUGUGUCAUUGGACUGUAGAGAAAAGACAUUGAUCUUUGGUGCAUCAAUGUCAGAAGUUCCGAGACUUUUGAGCCAUGGAGCAUGGGAAAAUACAGUGGAAGCUAAGGCCUUUAUGGUCAUGUUUUCAAUGGAGGCCGAAAGUGCAAUGGAACCAGAGUGUAUACCGGUAGUGAAAGAGUUCCUGGAAGUGUUUCUAGAAGAUGUUUCUGAGCUACCGCCUGAAAAAGAGAUAGAGUUUGCUAUUGAUGUCAUUCCGGGAGCAAGUCCGAUUUCUGUGGCACCUUAUAGGAUGUCACUAGUGGAGUUGGCAGAGGUCAAGAAGCAAGUGGAGGACUUAUUACGAAGAGGUUUGUGCUACCAAAUGUGUCACCAUGGGGAGCGCCAAUAUUAUUAG